GUUUGGUCUGGCUGAAUGUAGUCAUUCAUCUCGAGAGAACGUGGAGUGUAGAGUGGUGUGUAGUAUGUGUUUGUUUGAAUAAAAUCAUAAUUUUUAAAAAGGAAGAAAAAAUAAUUUUAUAUUGCAAUGGCAAAUUUUACCGAAGAUUUGUUUGACGUCUUUGAUGAACAGGGCGACGAUACAGAAAUACCAGAUAUUUCGAAGAAAAGCGAGUCAGAAUCGGGAAUAAAGCGACAGCUUGACACAGACAAUGACAAGCCAGCUGUUAAAAAAUUACGACAGGAAUCUGUCGUAGAUGAUAUCAAUAUAGAAGAAAUAGUAUGUCGUAUAAAAGUACAUACUGUAGAUACUAUAGAAUCUUGUAUGCACGAGAUAGCUAUUCCUCCCGAUCAAGAGUAUGUACCAUUAGAGCAAAAGCAAAGCAAACCUGCUAAAGAAUAUAAAUUUAUACUUGAUCCAUUUCAAAAGGAGGCAAUUUUAUGUAUUGAGAACAAUCAGUCGGUUCUUGUUUCUGCACAUACAUCAGCUGGCAAAACUGUUGUGGCUGAAUAUGCAAUAGCAUGUUCACUUAAGGACAAGCAGAGAGUAAUAUACACUACUCCAAUCAAAGCAUUAAGUAAUCAGAAGUAUAGAGAAUUCCACGAAGAAUUUAAGGAUGUUGGUUUAGUAACGGGCGAUGUUACUAUAAAUCCAACAGCAAGUGUAUUAAUUAUGACUACUGAAAUUUUGCGAAAUAUGCUCUAUAGAGGUUCAGAGGUAAUGCGUGAGGUCGGAUGGGUGAUUUUUGACGAGAUUCAUUACAUGCGUGAUAAAGAGAGAGGUGUGGUUUGGGAGGAGACACUUAUAUUGCUACCAGACAAUGUGCAUUAUGUAUUUCUUUCUGCUACUAUACCAAACGCGCGACAAUUUGCGGAAUGGGUGGCACAUUUACACAAACAACCCUGCCAUGUAGUUUCUACGGACUAUAGGCCUACUCCAUUACAACAUUAUGUAUUUCCAGUUUGUGGCGAUGGUAUACAUUUGGUUGUAGACGAGACGGGUCAAUUCAAAGAGGAAAAUUUCAACAGAGCCAUGGCGUGUCUGCAGAACAUGGGCGACGCAGCUAAAGGUGACACGAAAGGACGCAAGGGUGGUCUACGUGCCACAAACAGUGGACAAACCAACAUCUUUAAAAUGGUGAAAAUGAUCAUGGAGAGGAACUUCGCACCCGUAAUAAUUUUCAGCUUUUCAAAGAAGGACUGUGAAGUUUAUGCGAUGCAAAUGGCUCAAUUGGAUCUAAACACGUUAGAGGAGAAAAAACUGGUAGAUGAAGUUUUCAACAAUGCAGUGGACGUUCUCAACGACGAGGACAAGAAGUUGCCGCAAGUCAUGAAUUUGCUGCCGCUUUUGCGGCGUGGAAUAGGAAUCCAUCAUGGUGGGCUCUUGCCGAUCUUGAAGGAGACAGUCGAGAUAUUGUUCGGCGAGGGUUUGAUCAAAGCUCUCUUCGCCACUGAAACAUUCGCAAUGGGCUUGAACAUGCCGGCACGGACGGUUUUGUUCACGGCGGCCCGUAAAUUUGACGGCAAAGACUUUCGUUGGAUCACGUCAGGCGAAUACAUCCAGAUGUCCGGUCGCGCCGGCAGAAGAGGUCUCGAUGACAAAGGAAUCGUCAUAUUGAUGAUAGACGAGCAAGUUAGUCCCGUGAUUGGUAAAGCUAUCGUUCAGGGAAAGCCAGACCCGAUUAACUCUGCAUUUCACUUGACCUACAAUAUGGUCCUUAAUCUUCUCCGAGUGGAAGAGAUUAAUCCAGAAUACAUGUUAGAGAGAAGCUUCUUUCAGUUUCAGAAUCAAGCUGGUAUUCCAGUUUUGUACAAUAAGGUAAAGGAAUUAUGUAGUGCUUAUAACACCGUGAACGUGGACAGAUACGAUGAGAUUUCUACCUAUCACGAUAUACGUGAACAACUCAAUCGAUUGAGCGCAGAGUUUCAAUCAUUUCUAACAAAACCAGAGUAUUUGGUUCCAUUUUUACAGCCUGGAAGAUUAGUAAAAGUGAAAAAUGGAAACGAAACGUUCGAUUGGGGCAUCAUAGUGAAUUUUAAGAAGAAAAAUCCAAAAAAUCCAGUAAAAGGCGUGACUGUUAUCGUCAUUGAUAUUUUACUUCAUUUAUCGAAAGAAUCUAAAGAAGGCAAUCCAAUUCCAUGUCGCGACGGCGAAGAAGGCGAGAUAGAAGUAGUUCCUGUUUUGCACAAUUUAAUUUCACAAAUUAGUUCAUUGAGAUUGUAUUACCCAAAGGAUCUUAGACCACCUGAUAAUAGGAAGAGUGUCCUGAAAACGAUACGGGAAGUGAAGAAAAGAUUCCCAGAUGGUCCACCAUUACUCAAUCCUAUCACGGAUAUGCAUAUAGAGGCUCAAGCGUUUAAAGAUAUUGUAAAGAAAAUUGAAGCGUUAGAAAAAAGAUUAUACGCACAUUCAUUACACAAGGACCCCAAUGUAAAUGUAUUGUACGAGCAAUUUUUGCACAAGGAAGAAUUAGCUGCACAACUUAAACAAGCCAAAGAAGAGUUUAAGCAGGCUAAAUCGAUACUUCAGAUGGAUGAGCUCAAAUGUAGGAAGCGAGUUUUAAGAAGGAUGGCGUAUUGUACAUCGGCUGACGUUAUAGAAUUAAAAGGACGUGUAGCUUGCGAACUAAACGGUGCCGAUGAGCUGUUAAUGACAGAGAUGAUUUUUAAUGGUCUCUUUAACUCUUUAAGCGUACCACAAAUGGUGGCGCUGAUCAGUUGUUUCGUAUGCGACGAAAAAUCAAAUGAAAUGCCCAAAAGUACAGAAGAAUUAAGCGGCCCACUUCGGCAGAUGCAAGACUUGGCUCGAAGAAUAGCGAAGGUCUCGACGGAGGCCAAUCUGGAAUUAGACGAGGACGCAUAUGUCGAUAGAUUUAAACCGUAUUUAAUGGAUGUUAUAUACGCUUGGUGUAAAGGCGCAACAUUCUUACAAAUUUGUAAAAUGACAGAUAUAUUUGAAGGAUCUAUUAUCAGAUGUAUGCGACGUUUAGAGGAGGUGCUUCGACAAUUGUGCCAAGCUGCAAAAGGUAUUGGAAAUACAGAUCUAGAAAAUAAAUUCAGUGAGGCGAUCAAACUCAUAAAACGGGACAUUGUAUUUGCUGCGUCCUUAUAUUUAUAAUGCAGGAAAGAAUAAACUAGUUUCAUAAAGUAA